CCUCCCGGCCCGCUCGCCGCCUCGCUCGCUCGCGGCUCGCCCGCGUAGCUCCCGGCCUGGCCGGCCGGCCCCUCGCCUGCCCGCCGGCCCGCCGGGGCUCUCACGGGGUGGGGGGCCUGCUUUUGCCUCCCAGGCUGGCCGGGGCUGCCCGGGCCCCAGCCCUGAGCCCCGGGGACCCGAUGCCCGCAGGCGGCCGAGCGGACCCACGGAGCGCCGGAGGCAUCGACGGGCGCCUGCGCGGGGACCCAGGUCCUGCUGCAGUGCCUGUCUUCUGUAGAGCCAUAUCGGGCUCCUUUUAGGAUGGGGGCAUCAGGGCCCCAGCUGAACCUGGAGUGGCAAGUGAUGGCUGCUCCUGUCCCAUGGGCCUGCUGUGCUGUGCUUGCUGCCGCUGCUGCCGUUGUCUACACCCAGAGACACAGUCCACAGGAGACGCCCCAUGUGCAAUAUGAGCGCCUGGGCUCAGAUGUGACCUUGCCAUGUGGAACAGCAAACUGGGAUGCAGCUGUGACGUGGCGGGUGAAUGGAACAGAUCUGGCCCCUGACCUGCUCAAUGGCUCUCAGCUGGUACUCCGUGGCUUGGAUCUGGGCCACAGUGGCCUCUAUGCCUGCUUCCACCGCGACUCCUGGCACCUGCGCCACCAAGUCCUGCUACAUGUGGGCUUGCCACCGCGGGAACCUGUGCUCAGCUGCCGCUCCAACACUUACCCCAAGGGCUUCUACUGUAGCUGGCAUCUGCCCACCCCCACCUACAUCCCCAACACCUUCAAUGUGACUGUGCUGCACGGCUCCAAAAUUAUGGUCUGUGAGAAGGACCCAGCCCUCAAGAACCGCUGCCACAUCCGAUACAUGCACCUGUUCUCCACCAUCAAGUACAAGGUCACCAUAAGUGUCAGCAAUGCUCUGGGUCACAAUGCCACGGCUAUCACCUUCGACGAGUUCACCAUUGUGAAGCCUGACCCUCCAGAAAAUGUGGUAGCCCGGCCAGUGCCCAGCAACCCUCGUCGGCUGGAGGUGACAUGGCAGACCCCCUCAACCUGGCCUGACCCUGAUUCCUUUCCUCUGAAGUUCUUUUUGCGCUACCGGCCCCUCAUCCUGGACCAGUGGCAGCAUGUGGAGCUGUCUGACGGCACAGCACAUACCAUCACAGAUGCCUACGCUGGGAAGGAGUACAUCAUCCAGGUGGCAGCCAAGGACAAUGAGAUUGGGACAUGGAGUGACUGGAGCGUGGCUGCUCAUGCCACCCCCUGGACUGAGGAACCACGACACCUCACCACCGAGGCCCAGGCCCCGGAGACCACGACCAGCACUACCAGCUCACUGGCACCCCCGCCCACCACGAAGAUCUGUGACCCUGGAGAGCUGGGCAGCGGCGGAGGACCCUCGGUACCUUUCUUGAUCAGUGUCCCUCUCACUCUGGCCCUGGCUGCCGCUGCCGCCACUGCCAACAGUCUCCUGAUCUGAGCCCGGCAUCCCAUGAGGACAUGCCAGAGCACUGCAGAGGAGCAGGAGGCCGGAGCUGAGCCUGCAGACCCCGGUUUCUAUUUUGCACACGGGCAGGAGGACCUUUUGCAUUCUCUUCAGAUACAAUUUGUAGAGACCCCGGCAGGCCCGGGCCUGCCAUCCCCUAGCCCCACCACACCAAGCUGGCCCUCCUCCCACCUUCAAGGGAGAAGGACCAUGCAGCUAACCCACCCACCAAAGACCCUCCCCUCACCUGCCCCUCGGGCUGGACUCUCCAACGCCAGCGACUCCCAGGAGCCCUUGGGGGGCCUGAGGGGAGCCCCUCACACCCACAAUUCCUCCUCCUGCCCCAGCCUCCUGUCUGUCCCAGGGUCUCUGUUGCCACCAUCAGAUUAUAAGCUCCUGAUGCUGGGGGGGCCCAGCCAUCCCCCUCCCCCCAGUGCCCACACUUUUCAGUAUCCCCACCUCUGCCCUGUUUUGUAUGACCCUCCCCUGACCCUGUCGUACCCCACAGUAUUUAAUGCCCUGUCAGUCCCUUCUAGUCUGACUCAAUGGUAACUUGCUGUAUUUGAAUUUUUUAUAGAUGUAUAUACAGGGGUGG